AUGGCUUCAAUCAGCCACGAUGUAAAGGCUGUUGAAGCCAACUUCGAUCCGUAUUCCCCUACACAACGACAACUCAGCCCUUUUGACGAAUGCGACUCUCCCACCCCAAAAAGUUUAUCACACUGGGAGACGCAAGACACCCUCCCACCUUCGCCGAACCCAUGUCUUCUUCCCCCUGGCAGCCCAGCAGGUAGUGAUUUCGAUCCUUCGCGUGGAGCAAAGCCAUUUUCUCCGUUUUACACACACCCAACGACCCGUACAUCUCUCGAACAAGUGAGAAGUGAGGCGCAGGCAUGUUGCCAAGGAUACAAACUGCACGACGCAGAGAAUGGCUAUCAGGCGCCCAUUAAGCCAUCAAUGGAUUGCCAGGGAAGUGAUAGAGGGCUGUGGAGGGUUGGCCCAAACAACGCACAGAAGAAGUCCAAAUGGCUAGGAAGGCUUAGCCGGAAACAGAGACUCGUCGUCAAGGUGCUGAUUGCGUUAUUUAUCGCUGGAGCUAUGGUCGGAAUAGGAUUGGGUAUUUCAAUUUCUCUCGGUGGGGGGGUUUGGAAAUCCAAAAACCAGCAAGCGGAGAUUCCAAAGCCAGGAUGA